GCUCUCUUGGUGUGGCCAUCCCGGAUCUGAACGUUGGUCGGGUAGUAGUGGCUGUGUCCCGCGCUCCUGCUCCCUCCGCCCCGCACUCCUGGGCAGCAGAGCCAUGCUCUGUUGCCUGCUGGCGAGGGCCAGCAACCUCCCCAAUGUGAAGAAGGACCGGCGCAGCGACCCUGUCGCCAGCCUGAUUUUCCGAGGGGUGAAGAAGAGAACCAAAGUCAUCAAGAACAGCGUGAACCCCGUGUGGAAUGAGGGCUUUGAGUGGGACCUCAAAGGUAUCCCUCUAGACCAGGGCUCAGAACUUCAUGUGGUGGUCAAGGACCAUGAGACGAUGGGGAGAAACAGGUUCCUGGGGGAAGCCAAGAUCCCACUCCAGGAGGUACUUGCCACUCCCAGCCUGUCUGCCAGCUUUAACGCACCUCUGCUGGACACCAAGCAGCAACCCACAGGGGCCUCCCUGGUACUGCAGGUGUCCUACACGCCACCCCCAGGAGCUGUGCCCUUGUUCCCGCCACCUGCUUCUCUGGCACCCUCUCCAACACUGCCUGACACGGACAUGGUGGCUGGUGGGGGACAGAGCCGGGCUGAAACUUGGUCCCUGCUCAGUGACAGCACCAUGGACACAAGAUACUCUGGGAAGAAGUGGCCGGCCCCCACGGACACAGGAGGGGAGGAAGACACUGAGGACCAGGGGCUGACUGGAGAUGAAGCUGAGCCAUUCCUGGAUCAGAGCGGUGCUGUGGGCCCAGGGGGACCAACCACACCCAAGAAGCUACCUUCCCACCCUCCUCCCCACCAUCCAGGGGGUAAAAGAAAAAGAAGCUCAGCCCCACCUAGAAAGCUGCUGUCGGACAAGCCACAGGACUUCCAGAUCAGAGUCCAGGUGAUAGAGGGGCGUCAGCUGCCUGGCGUGAACAUUAAGCCUGUGGUCAAAGUCACAGCUGCUGGCCAGACCAAGAGGACUCGCAUCCAGAAGGGAAACAGCCCACUCUUCAAUGAGACUCUUUUCUUCAACUUGUUUGACUCUCCCUCGGAGCUGUUUGAUGAGCCCAUCUUCAUCACGGUGGUGGAUUCACGCUCCCUUAGGACAGAUGCCCUCCUUGGCGAGUUCCGGAUGGAUGUGGGCACCGUGUACAGAGAACCCCGACAUGCUUAUCUCCGCAAGUGGCUGCUGCUCUCCGACCCAGAUGACUUCUCUGCAGGGGCCAAAGGCUACCUCAAAGCCAGCCUGUGUGUGCUAGGGCCCGGAGACGAAGCUCCUCUGGACAGGAAGGACCCUUCUGAAGACAAAGAGGACAUUGAAGGCAACCUGCUUAGGCCCACUGGCGUUGCCCUUCGUGGAGCCCACUUCUGUCUGAAACUCUUCAGGGCUGAGGACUUACCACAGAUGGACGAUGCCGUGAUGGACAACGUCAAGCAGAUCUUUGGCUUUGACAGCAACAAGAAGAACUUGGUGGAUCCCUUUGUGGAAGUCAGCUUUGCAGGGAAAAUGCUCUGCAGCAAGAUCUUGGAGAAGACAGCCAACCCUCAGUGGAACCAGAACAUCACAUUGCCCGCGAUGUUUCCCUCUAUGUGUGAAAAAAUGAGGAUUCGUGUCAUGGACUGGGACCGCCUCACUCACAAUGACACCGUGGCUACCACCUACCUGGGUAUGUCGAAAAUCUCUGCCCCUGGAGGAGAAAUAGAAGAGGAGCCGGCAGGUGUACUCAAGCCUCCGAAAGCCACUGACCUGGAUGACAACUUGGGUUUCCUCCCCACCUUCGGGCCCUGCUAUGUGAACCUCUAUGGCAGUCCUCGGGAGUUCACGGGCUUCCCAGACCCUUAUGCGGAGCUCAACACAGGAAAGGGAGAAGGUGUGGCUUACCGAGGCCGGCUCUUGCUGUCGCUAGAGACCAAACUUGUGGAGCACAGUGAGCAGAAGGUGGAAGAUCUUGCUGCUGAUGAUAUCCUGCGUGUGGAGAAGUACCUCCGGAGGCGCAAAUACUCCCUCUUUGCUGCCUUCUACUCGGCCACAAUGCUGCAGGAUGUGGACGAUGCCAUCCAGUUUGAGGUCAGCAUUGGGAACUAUGGAAACAAAUUCGACACCACCUGCCUGCCGCUGGCCUCUACCACCCAGUACAGCCGGGCAGUCUUUGAUGGGUGCCACUACUAUUACUUGCCUUGGGGCAAUGUGAAGCCAGUGGUGGUCCUGUCCUCAUACUGGGAAGACAUCAGCCAUCGAAUUGAGACGCAAAACCAGCUCCUCAGGAUCGCUGACCGGCUGGAAGCUAACUUGGAGCAGGUCCACCUGGCUCUGAAGGCACAGUGCUCCUCUGAGGACAUGGAUGCCCUGGUGGCUCAGCUGACAGACGAGCUUCUUGCAGACUGCAGCCAGCCCCUGUGUGCCAUCCAUGAAAUACCUUCUGCCACCCACCUUGAUCAAUAUCUGUUUCGGCUACGUGGCCGUCACCUGAACCAGAUCAAAGAAGCUGCCCUGGCCUUGAAGCUCAGCCACAGUGAGCUCCCCACUGCCCUGGAGCAGGCUGAGGACUGGCUUCUGCGUCUCCGUGCCUUGGCUGAGGAGCCCCAGAACAGCCUGCCAGAUAUCAUCAUCUGGAUGCUGCAGGGUGAUAAACGUGUGGCCUACCAACGGGUGCCCACCCAUGAAGUCCUCUUCUCCCGCCGGGGCCCCAAUUACUGCGGCAGGAACUGUGGAAAGCUCCAGACCAUCUUUCUGAAAUAUCCCAUGGAGGGCGUGCCUAGGACCCGAAUGCCUGUACAGAUCCGGGUCAAACUCUGGUUCGGGCUCUCUGUGGAUGAGAAAGAAUUCAAUCAGUUUGCUGAGGGGAAACUCUCUGUCUUUGCCGAAACUUAUGAGAACCAGACGAAGCUGGCGCUGGUUGGGAAUUGGGGCACAACAGGCCUCACCUACCCCAAGUUUUCUGACGUCACAGGCAAGAUCAAGCUGCCAAAGGAUAGCUUCCGUCCUUCCGCUGGCUGGGCCUGGGCAGGGGACUGGUUCGUGUGUCCAGAGAAGACCCUGCUACAUGAUGCUGAUGCUGGUCACCUGAGCUUUGUGGAGGAGGUUUUUGAGAACCAGACCCGGCUACCUGGAGGCCAGUGGAUUUAUAUGAGCGAUAAUUACACUGACGUGAAUGGGGAGAAGGUGCUUCCAAAGGAUGAUAUUGAGUGCCCACUGGGCUGGAAGUGGGAAGAUGAAGAAUGGUCCACAGACCUCAAUCGGGCUGUUGAUGAACAAGGCUGGGAGUACAGUAUCACCAUCCCCCCAGACCGAAAGCCGAAACACUGGGUCCCUGCUGAGAAGAUGUAUUACACUCACAGACGUCGGCGCUGGGUCCGACUGCGCAGGAGGGACCUCAGCCAGAUGGAGGCACUGAAGAGGCACAGGCAGGCAGAGGCUGAGGGCGAGGGCUGGGAGUACGCCUCUCUCUUUGGCUGGAAGUUCCACCUGGAGUACCGCAAGACAGAUGCCUUCCGCCGCCGCCGCUGGCGCCGCCGCAUGGAGCCACUGGAAAAGACUGGACCUGCAGCUGUGUUUGCCCUCGAGGGGGCCUUGGGUGGCAUGGUGGAUGACCGGAGUGAAGAUUCCAUGUCCGUUUCUACCCUGAGCUUUGGUGUUAACAGACCCACGAUCUCCUGCAUCUUUGACUAUGGGAAUCGUUACCAUCUGCGUUGCUAUCUGUACCAGGCCCGAGACCUGCCAGCCAUGGACAAAGACUCCUUCUCAGAUCCCUAUGCCAUCGUCUCCUUCCUGCACCAGAGCCAGAAGACGGUGGUGGAGAAGAACACCUUGAACCCCACCUGGGAUCAAACCCUCAUCUUCUAUGAGAUCGAGAUCUUUGGUGAGCCAGCCAGUGUCGCCGAGUAUCCGCCCAGCAUUGUGGUGGAGCUGUAUGACCACGACACCUACGGUGCUGACGAAUUCAUGGGCCGCUGUAUCUGUCAGCCCAGCCUGGAACGGAUGCCCCGACUGGCCUGGUUCCCAUUGACCAGAGGCAGCCAGCCUGCGGGCGAGCUGCUGGCAGCGUUCGAGCUGAUCCAGAGAGAGAAGCCAGCAAUCCAUCAUAUUCCCGGCUUUGAGAUGCACGAAACGUCAAGUAUACUGGAUGAGACGGAGGACACAGACUUACCUUACCCACCACCCCAGAGGGAGGCCAACAUCUACAUGGUUCCCCAAAACAUCAAGCCAGCUCUCCAGCGCACAGCCAUCGAGAUCCUGGCCUGGGGCUUGAGGAACAUGAAGAGCUAUCAGAUGGCCAGCAUCUCUUCCCCUAGCCUUGUGGUGGAGUGUGGUGGCCAGACAGUGCAGUCCUGUGUCAUCAGAAACCUUCGGAAGAACCCUAACUUUGAUGUCUGCACCCUGUUCAUGGAAGUGAUGUUGCCCAGAGAGGACCUCUACUGUCCCCCAAUUGUGGUCAAGGUCAUUGAUAAUCGCCAGUUUGGCCGCCGGCCAGUAGUGGGCCAAUGCACCAUUCGCACCCUGGAGAAAUUCCUGUGUGAUCCUUACUCGGCAGAAAGUCCUUCCCCACGGGGUGGCCCAGAUGAUGUGAGCUUGCUCAGCCCCGGGGAAGACGUGCUCAUUGACAUCGAUGACAAGGAGCCCCUUAUCCCUGUCCAGCUCGCAGAUGGGUUGUCAAGCUUGACCCCAGCUAACCUGAGGUCUUCUCCGUCCAGUCCUCAUGAGGAGGAGUUCAUUGACUGGUGGAGCAAAUUUUUUGCCUCUAUUGGGGAGAGCGAAAAGUGCGGCUCCUACCUGGAAAAGGAUUUUGACACACUGAAGGUCUAUGACACACAGUUGGAGAAUGUGGAGGCUUUUGAUGGCCUGUCUGACUUUUGUAAUACCUUCAAGCUCUACCGAGGCAAGACUCAGGAAGAAACAGAUGAUCCAUCUGUCAUCGGAGAAUUUAAGGGUCUCUUCAAAAUUUAUCCCCUCCCAGAAGAUCCAUCCAUUCCCCUACCCCCAAGGCAAUUCCACCAGCUGGCUGCUCAGGGUCCCCAGGAAUGCUUGGUCCGUAUUUACAUCGUUCGAGCAUUUGGCUUACAACCCAAGGACCCCAACGGCAAGUGUGACCCUUACAUCAAGAUCUCCAUAGGGAAGAAAUCAGUGAGUGAUCAGGAUAACUACAUCCCUUGCACCCUGGAGCCUGUAUUUGGAAAGAUGUUUGAGCUCACCUGCACCCUGCCUCUGGAGAAGGACCUGAAGAUCACACUCUACGACCAUGACCUCCUCUCCAAGGAUGAGAAGAUUGGAGAGACGGUCAUCGACCUGGAGAACAGGCUGCUCUCCAAGUUUGGAGCUCGCUGUGGGCUCCCACAGACCUACUGUGUCUCUGGACCAAACCAGUGGAGAGACCAGCUCCGCCCCUCUCAGCUCCUCCAGCUCUUCUGCCAACAGCACAGGGUCAAGGCCCCUGUGUACCGGACAGACCGAGUGACAUUUCAGGAUAAGGAAUACACCAUUGAGGAGAUAGAGGCUGGUAGACUCCCGAACCCACACCUAGGCCCAGUGGAGGAACGCCUCGCCCUGCAUGUCCUUCAGCAACAAGGCCUGGUCCCUGAGCACGUGGAGUCACGGCCUCUUUACAGCCCUCUGCAGCCAGACAUUGAGCAGGGGAAGCUGCAGAUGUGGAUUGACCUAUUUCCAAAGGUGCUGGGCCGGCCUGGACCUCCUUUCAACAUCACCCCACGGAAAGCUAGAAGGUUUUUCUUGCGUUGUAUUAUUUGGAACACGAAAGAUGUGAUCUUGGAUGACCUCAGCCUCACAGGAGAGAAGAUGAGUGAUAUCUAUGUGAAAGGCUGGAUGGUGGGAUUCGAAGAGCACAAACAGAAGACAGAUGUGCACUACCGUUCCCUUGGUGGUGAGGGCAACUUCAACUGGAGGUUUGUGUUUCCUUUCGACUAUCUGCCCGCCGAGCAAGUCUGUGCUGUUGCCAAGAAGGAUGCCUUCUGGAGACUUGACAAGACAGAGAGCAAGAUCCCAGCUCGCGUGGUCUUCCAGAUUUGGGACAACGACAAGUUCUCCUUUGAUGACUUUCUGGGCUCCCUGCAGCUGGAUCUCAACCACAUGCCCAAGCCAGCCAAGACAGCUGAGAAGUGCUCCUUGGACCAGCUGGAUGACACCUUCCACCCUGAAUGGUUUGUGUCCCUUUUCGAGCAGAAGACAGUGAAAGGAUGGUGGCCUUGUGUGACAGAGGAGGGUGAGAAGAAGAUGCUGGCGGGCAAGCUGGAAAUGACCUUAGAGAUCGUUGCAGAGAGUGAACACGAAGAACGGCCCGCUGGCCAGGGUCGGGAUGAGCCCAACAUGAAUCCGAAGCUAGAAGAUCCAAGGCGCCCCGACACCUCUUUCCUGUGGUUUACCUCCCCAUACAAGACCAUGAAGUUCAUCUUGUGGCGACGCUUCCGGUGUGCCAUCAUCCUCUUCAUCAUCCUCUUCAUCCUCCUGCUCUUCCUGGGCAUCUUUGUCUACGCCUUCCCGAAUUAUGCUGCCAUGAAGCUUGUGAAGCCCUUCAGCUGAAGAUGUCUACUCUGGAGAAGGGCUGCUUCCUGGCCCAGGACUGGCUACUCCUCCAUUCCUCUGGGGCCCGGUGGUCUUGCACAUGUGCACAGAGUUCUUGGGAUGACCCUAUUUCCGUCAUCCUUUUCUCCCCCAACCCAGCUCUGUUUUGGAUGAACUCUUGCAGAUCUCAGUAUAAAGCAGACAGAACCACAGGCUAUGUUACUAUGUGUCUACAGUACCUGAGUGAGGGAGAUUGUGUGGGUCGUAGGGGGUUAUCUGGGGAGAUCGGGGUGCCAGUGGAGUGUUCUCAUUUCUGGGCCAGGAUUUUGGAGGCAGAAGCAGCUAGGGCGAGGGGCCUUGAGGCUUGAUAUCUGAUGCAGUGGCCUGUAUCAUCUGUCUCCUCCCUUCUGCAGAACUCCUCCCCCUCCUUCCCCACUUGACCUCCACCUUUCUGGGGAGGCUAUCAUUUGUUCAGGUGAGAGACUCCAUUGGGAGGUGGCCUGACCUCGUCACACACACCUCUGCAGUUCCUCCUCGCUGCUUCCACAACCUUCUUAAAGCAUCUGGCUGGAUUCAGACACCUUUUCCUUGUGGUCUGAAACUUGGCCUCGGCGUUGUUCUGAAAUUUCCUGCGGGAACCAGACUAAUCCUCAGGAGCGGCAGGACCGCACUCAGAAAACGGGGAGCUGGAAGGCCUUGCUCCAAGGCUUCUGAAGAGAGGCCUCUGCCUCAGGGCAGGCAGUGCUGGCUGUCUCUUCCUGUCACUGGAGGCUUCUCCUAUUUCCUACUGUGAGCUGGUUCCCCUGGCCCAGGAUCCUCCCCCAUACCCCUCUAUUAUUCACCCCUCCCAGGGCUGUGGGAUUCAGGCUGAGGCACCACCAGAUUGACAUGAUGGAGCUGGUACCAUGUUACCCUUACUUCAUGCUGGGCCAAGAGAACCUGGCAGCAGGGCCCCAAAGGCUUGCUGCCCAAGCCCAAGAGGCAGAGACACACCUCACCCAGAAAACAGAGCACAGACAUGGCUGCAAGCUCUUUGGGAAGCUUCCACCUAGUGAGGAGGCUUUGCUGGGUCUAUCCUGUGUCCAACAGUGUGUGGCAGUAGGGAUGGAAAGCCUUUGGAGGAACCAGAGGAGAGGAAGCAAAGCUCACUUAGCCUCAGGAUGGGUUGGGGUGUUUGUUCAUAGGAUAGCCUGAGGAUUUCUGAAGGUGUGGAAGAGGAAGCUACCCGCCUGAGAGAAUCAGAGACACACUGGAGGGCAGAGCAGAGGUAGUUUCUGCAGAAAAAAAAAAUUAGCUUGGAAAAGGAAAAGAAAUACAAUAAAUAAAUAAGUUCAUGUCAGCCCCCACCCCUUGGGUGCUGUCUUGUAAGAGGAAUUGUGGUCUCCCCGCUACUUUGAAAGGGUCUGGAGGGCUACUGUGAACGCUAUUUAUAUUUCUAUUCUAGAUGAUAAGUAGUAGAAAAUCUACUCAGAUGAGUACAAAAAUCUCAAUGGUUUCAUAGAAAUGAAGCAUAUAAAGGACAGGCUUCAGCAAAGCUUGAUCCAGCUUCACACAUAAGGACUGGUGCUUUCUCUGCUCUGUAUUCCUUGGGUUGGUUUCUGCUUACAGUUGGUCUCGUUCUGAAAGUUGGACUCGAAGCUGCUUCCUGAGAUCACACUAGCCAUUAAGCAAAUCUCAAACAUGGGAUAGGGCUGUGGGAUGGAUGGCCAGCGAACAUGUAUCUGGCCAACAUGUAUGAUAUUGAAAUGCUUCAUGUGGCAGGCCUAGGGUGGUCUCCAUGAUUGCUCCCAGUGAGCUGCGUAUGGCUCCCAUAGGCUGAGAAAACAUCUUCUCAUGGGGAAGAGCUUCAGAUACUGCUCUGGGUGUGUGUGGGAGAGAGAGAGAGAGAGAGAGAGAGAGAGAGAGAGAGAGAGAGAGAGAGAGAGAGCAAAAGUUUGCAAAGACAGACCCUCAUGGGACAUGGAAUCCCCACACGGUCAAGGCUCAGGCACAGGCUGGAUAUGGUUCACAUCUCGGAACUGCUGUGGGAGGGCAGGAUGCUCCAUACAAUGGCUAGGCCAGGACAGUCCCUACCCAGAACCUCAAGGAUGAAUAGGGUCACACAGUGUAAUCUCCAUACAUGACCUGAUAUCCCGGGACUGUGGGAUGGCAGAUAAUUCCCAAGCCACCCUGUACUUUCUGGUUUUAUCUACUGCAGAUGGUGGCACUGUUUAUCAAAUCCCUUUGGACAAGUGGAUUCAAAUGCAUUCGUGUAUCCAGUACUGGGCUUUCUCUCCUCCUUUUAUAGAAAGUUCUAGAAGGUUUCUUCCCUAUAGCUGCACUUCACCCUUUCUUUUCUACCUAUUAUGAUCAGACAGAUCAAAGUAAAGCCACUGUCCUUGGCAAUGACAGCUCUGGGAAGGGGCAUUGUAAUGAGGGAAGGUGGUGGGGAGGUGAGGGAGGCUUGGGCAUC